AUGUCAAAUGAUAUUUUAGACGAUCCAAUGGACACAGGUGCUCCGUCAAGUGGCCCAAUUGUCGGCAGUGGUGAAUCGAGCAGUAGCAGCGGAACAGGCGGUGCAGAAGAGACAAUUCCAGCAGUAGUGAGAUUCUUGGAACAUCAUGUGGUGGAGAAAAUUCCAGCUCUUCUGACCCGUGCAGAGGAAAAACGAGAUAAGGAGAAUUUUGACGAAGUCUACGAUCUGAUCGUCACCGAGCCAGCCGUCGAUGUGGAAACCAUUGGAUGCAACUACGACGGAAAUUCCUUUUUCUUGCGUGCCAGAUUCAUUGCAAAGCAUUGCACAGCCUUAAAAGCCGAUGCAUACAUUGCACUGAUCAAUUAUCUAAAGGAGAACACAAAGGACACUACUCAUUAUAUCGCAUUUUUCAACGAGCUCGAGCAGGAAUUGGGAAGCAAAAAGGAGUAUAAAGUCAACUUUCAAAUUCCUGUGAAAGAUACAAAAUGGGUUGAUGAGACUAGUGGAAGCUGGCAAGUUGCACUGGAUCAUUUGCAAAUCGAGUAUAAGAGACACAAGGAUGAGGGUGUUAAGGAAUCUACUAGACGCGCUAUGGAGGACUUGUUCAGACACUUUUUAGUGGCUGGAAAGACGGAAGAGGCGAUUCGAUUGUAUUCCAGAGGAAUCAGAGACUAUUGCACACAGUUGAAGCAUUCCAUCAAUAUGUGGAUGAACUGGAUCGAAGUGUCAAUCUGCGGAAACGAUUGGGGCAAACUGGAGAGCAUUACUUCAACGGCGUUCCGCUCAUUGAAAGACGCCGAUGACGCGGAAAAGAACAAUCAACAACAACAACGCGGCGAAAACGCGACAUAUCUUGUCAAUCAAAGCGCACCAAUGACCUCUCCAUCCAAUCGUCAGCUCAUCGAGACAGCCUUGGCAAAGUGCCAAGCCGCUCAAGUGAUUCUGAAACUUCGAAACCAUAGAUAUUCGGACGUCCUCGAAACCGUGCUGGUGAUAAAAACCGAGUGCUUGGACUCCAAAUGGUACGUCACGUCUUCGGAUCUUGGCAUCUAUUCGGUGCUAUGUGCGAUGGCUACGUUGGGAAGAACCAAUUUGAAAAAGCUGGUCGGUGGAAGUGACGGAAAUGGAACUAUCCGAAAACUAUUGGAAUCUGAGCCACUGUUUUUCGAGAUGCUCACCUGCUACGUGGCAAGCCGCUUCGGGCGAUGCUUCGAGAUAAUGAAUUCAGUGAAGAAUCGUCUUCUUCUAGAUCCAUUCAUCUCUCGAAACGUCAACGAGCUGUUCUCGAAGAUUCGACAAAAGUGUGUGGUUCAGUACCUGCAACCGUACUCUACUAUCAAAAUGGAAACCAUGUGUCAAGCACUGGGAACAACUAUUAGUGAGCUACAAACUACAAUUGUCGAGCUCGCCGAGGAGAAGAAUGUGCAGCUGAGAAUCGACCAGAACGCGGGAAUCAUUCGAAUGAUGGACACCACUGAUGAGAAUGCCACUUUGAGAAAAGUCAACGACACUUGUGAUCGAGCCAUCAACCGUGCUCAGUCUCUCGUCUGGAAAGCCGCGUUGGCCAAUGGCAACAUUCACUCAAUCUCUGACAAAGAAUCACGUCAGAAGCGCAAAAAUCAAAAGGACCGUCCAGAACGCAGUGCUUUCGACGAAGACAUGGUUGGUGUCGACGAUUUCAAUGUGUUCGAGGCGCAGCAACAAGAGCAACAACGACUUUAUGAUGAGCUCGGGGAUAUGUGA